AUGACAGCUUGAAUGAAGAAGUUAAAGUCUGAAUAAUUACAGGAAGUAGAAAGAUUGUGGUUUAAAAGCUCAAGUUGACAGAGUCACUCAGGAAACAGAGAGAGACGAUGAAGCAGAGAGGAACCAUGGAGGAAUCUAGAUGGAGGAAAAUGUUGGUAUUUUUCAUCCUGUUGCUGCAGUUUACAGGAGCUCUAAGCAGCGAUAGAGAUCUAUUCCUCCUCAUCCCUGUCAGAGCUGGAGAUGAUGUCACUUUGCCUUGUAGAAAUGUGGAUCCUAGAUUCAGUGAUUGUAGCUCCACCACCUGGAUCUACAGUAAAUCAAGACAAUCAACUGUAGAGUUGGUUAUUCAUGGGGAGGUUGAAGAUUCCAGAUCAGACAGACUGAGUGUUUCUGCAAACUGUUCUCUGGUUCUAAAGAAAGUCACAGCUGAGGAUGUUGGUCUUUACACCUGCAGACAGUUUAUAUCAGAUAAACAGGAGGGUCCAGAUGCUGCUGUUCAUCUUUCUCUUGUUAACUUGACAGAAGAUCAGAACCAGAACAGGGUGACAUUAAGCUGCUCUGUGGUGACUGAUAAGGAGUGUAAACACAGAGUGAGGUGGUUGAUUAGAGGUAGAGAUGUGGAUAAAGAAAACAAAGAAAUAACAGAAUCAUCAUCUUCCUGCUCUGCUGCUGUCACCUUCCAGACGUCUCAUUUCAUUUACCAAACAAGGUUUAAGGAUUUAAAGUGUGAAAUAAAGACAGAAGACAAUAAAGUUCAUAUUUUUACCUUCAGCUCUCAUCCAUCAGACAAACGCAAAACAACGACCACAUCACCAUCAGAAACAUCAGGUACAGGUGAACUAAAAGACAAACAAAGAGCAGAAACACAGGAGAAAACAAACCAAACGGAACUGAAAGAAUCUGGAACUAAAUCAUCCUGA